AUUAGGUCUCAAUACAAAGAGAGAUUUUUAUUGACAACUUCCUAAGAAAUAUCAAUGAAUGUGGACAAACCAAUAGACCUGAUUUUCCACACGGUUCCUUUUAAUAAUAAUUUGUUGGAUGCUGCAGGGAAGCUUAGGUAGCUUUGUUCAUGUAAACAUGUUUCGGAUGGGAAUGACUUUUUAUAUGCGUUUACUUUGAAUUGACUUAUGGUGACUUCUUGAUUUAUUCCAAUUCUAUGGACAAACUAAGAGUGGCUUUAAUAAGAUAAGAAAGCAUAUCCCUUUUCAUAAAGGUCUAUAUAUAUCUUAGUUUCUUAAUCUUCACAAACCAUAAGAGAGCUAUAUUAAUUAUGGGGAGUGCAUCCUUUUCUUCCGAGAUGGUUAAGAUAACAGGUUUUGUGAGUCUCCUAUGCUUUAGCUUCGGUCUUUAUGGGUCCAAAGGGUGUCUCCAGGAGGAGAGGACUGCUGCCUUGCAACUUUGGGAUUUUUUCAACUCACAUGGCUCUACUGUUCAUACGAAGUUGGAGGGAGAUGAUUGUUGUCAAUGGGUAUUUCUGGAGUGCGACUUGUUUAAUUCAACAAACCGUGUGGUUAUCAUUGAUCUUUCCUACCAAAGCUAUACUACAGGGCUGGGAACAUUGUACCCAAAUGCUUCUUUGUUUACUCAUUUCAGUGAGUUACAAAAACUAUACUUGGAUGGUAACAACAUCGGAGGUUGGAUUAUGCCAGAAGCAUUAUGUGAACUAAGGAAUCUCAAAGUGUUGUCUCUAAGUGGGAACAGUCUGGACGAUGGAGGGCUUCCAAGGUGUCUUGCACGCGACCUUCCAUUUUUGAGAGAGAUUUACCUACAGAGCAAUUCUCUCAACUUAUCAUCUCCUCUUUUAUCAGCAAUAUGUGGAUUAAGGAAUCUUCGUGUGUUAGAUCUAAGCAAUAAUGUUCUAAGUAAUGGAAGCUUUCCACCUUGCAUGUUGGGUACAUUCUCUUCUUUGGAAGAGCUCUACUUAGGGAACUUUACCCUUGAACAAUCGUCUUCUAAUGUCCUAACAGCAUUACAAGGAGCAAGAAAUCUUCAAUACUUGGAUCUAAGUAAUAACAAUCUCAGCGAUGGAAGUAUGAGAGCAUUAUGUGAAGCAAGAAAUGUUGGGAUAUUGAAUUUAGAAUUUACCAAUUUCAAUAUGGAACAUAUACCACAUUGUCAACAACAAAAUCAUUCUUCUUUGGAAAAACUCAUUCUAAGCAACACUUUUGCCACCAAAGACUCGGAUGCUCUUCUAGAAGGAUUAAUAUGUAGAUGGAAGAAAUUUAAACGGUUGGAUCUAAGUAUGAAUGAUCUCAAUGAUGAAAGAUUACCCUCUUGCCUAUUGCAUAACAACCCUGUGCUCGAAGGGCUUGAUCUGUCAUCGAAUAAUUUAAAAGGUUCACUUGGAUUCUCAACAGGGCUUUGUAAACUAAGGAAGUUACGGUACCUGAAUCUUGGAAGCAAUUCAAUUGACAAUAUCAAUUGGACAUGUUUGAGCAGCCAAUUGAAUUCUUUGCAGAGCCUUGAUCUUUCCAGUAAUAAGUUGGAAGGAGUGGUCUUCUUCUCUAUGUUUGCAAAUCUUUCAAAACUUGAAGAGAUUAACCUUUCAAACAAUAGAGAGUUAAAAGUUGAAACCGAGUCCCCAACUUGGGUUCCAUCUUUCCAACUAAACUCCUUACUCUUGGAAAAUUGUAAAAUCAGGAACAUUCCCCACUUCAUUUCCAACCAAUACAACUUGUCUAUUCUAUCUUUGUCGUACAACUCUCUUCAAGGAACAAUUCCGUCAUGGUUGUUAUACAAUGUUACUUCACUUUCUGAAUUGUACCUGAGGGGUAACCACUUUCAUGGCCCAUUUCCUCUGCCCAUGAAAAACAGAACAUCAACACUCCAACUUCUUGACAUCUCUGACAGCAAUAUUGAGGGGCAACUUCCUGGAAACAUUGAUGUGAUUUUCCCAAAAUUAUUCUUCUUUAACAUGUCCACAAACAAACUUGAAGGCUGCAUCCCUCCCUCAUUACCCAAUAUAAUUGACCUAGAGGUAUUAGACUUAUCUAAUAAUUACUUUGUAGGCGAAAUACCUCGUAGAUUAACUCAAAAUAAUACUUUCUUGUAUCUUUUAAGCUUAUCAAAUAACAAUUUACAUGCAAUAGGAAGCGUUUCCAACAUGACAUAUCUACAUUUCUUGAGUCUUGAUGGCAAUCGCUUCACAACACUCUUCCCAGUCACUCCAUCAAGCCUUCCUUUCCUUGAGCUUCUAGACGUAAGUAGGAAUUCCAUAUCCGGCUACAUCCAAGAUUGGCUGCCUGCUUUUCCACAAUUGGUCGCACUCCUUAUGAGAGGAAAUCAUUUAGUUGGUUACAUUCCAACAUCAUUGUGUCAGAUGAAGCAAUUACGGUUUUUGGAUCUUUCAAAUAAUCACCUCUCUGGAAGCAUACCUUCUUGCCUUGACAACAUCACCUCAAUGCUGGAAAAGUCAGAAUUACCAUUUGGUACAGAUAUUAUUCUUGACGACUACAUGGAAGUAAAACUCAAAGUAAAUUUUGCCACAAAGGGAAACAUGUACUCAUAUGAGGGUCUUCCUCUUGCCCAGAUGACCGGGAUCGAUUUUUCUUUAAACCAAUUAUCUGGUCAUAUUCCAUCUCAAAUGGGAAAGUUGAUAGCCUUGCAUUCAUUAAACCUUUCUCACAAUUCUCUGAUGGGCUAUUUUCUAGAAUCAUUUCAAGGGUUGGAAAAGUUGGAGAGUUUGGAUCUCUCCCACAACAAGUUGGUGGGAAUGAUCCCUCCUCAAAUUGUUCAACUCUAUUUUCUUGAAAUUUUCAGUGUGGCCUUCAAUCAACUCUCAGGAAAGAUCCCAUAUGAGAAGAACUUUGCUUCUUUCACCCAGGAUAGCUACAUUGCAUUAUGUGAACUACGGAAUCUCGAAGAGCUGGAUUUAGGUGGGAAUAGUCUGGAUGAUAGAGGCCUUCCAAGGUGUCUUGCACGUGGCCUUCCAUUUUUGGGAGGGAUUUUCAUAGAUGGCAAUUCUCUCAACUUAUCAUCUCAUUUUUUAUCAGCAUUAUGUGGAUUAAAGAAUCUCCGUACGUUAGAUCUAAGCUCUAAUGUUCUAAGUAAUGGAAGCUUUCCACAUUGCAUGUUGGGUACAUUCUCUUCUUUGGAAGAGCUCCACUUACGGAACUUUUCCCUUGAACAACCAUCGUCUAAUGUCCUCAUAGCAUUACAAGGAGCAAGAAAUCUUCAUGAUUUGGAUCUAAGUAACAACAAUCUCAGCGACGGAAGUCUGAAAGCAUUAUGUGAAGCAAGGAAUCUUUGGGCAUUGGAUUUAAGUUAUAGCAAUCUCAAUGUGGAACAUAUACCACAUUGUCUGCAACAAAAUCAUUCUUCUUUGGAAGAACUUAUCCUACAGGGCACUUUUACCACCAAAGACUCGGAUGCUCUUCUAAAAGGAUUAAUAUGUAAAUGGAAGAAACUCAAAAGUUUGGAUCUAAGUAUGAAUGAUCUUAGUGAUGAAAGAUUACCCUUUUGCCUAUUGCAUAAUAAUUCUGUUCUCGAUGAUCUUGAUCUGUCAUCGAAUAAUUUAAAAGGUUCACUUGGCUUCUUAACAGGGCUUUGUAAACUAAGGAAGUUAUGGUACCUGAAUCUUAGAAACAACUCAAUUGACAAUAUCAAUUGGACAUGUUUGAGCAGCCAAUUGAAUUCUUUGCAGAGCCUUGAUCUUUCUCACAAUCAAAUACCAGGCACCAUUCCUCCUUUUGUUUCUAACCUAACCUCUCUUGUCUAUCUUGAUCUUUCCAGUAAUAAGUUGGAAGGAGUGGUCUUCUUCUCUAUGUUUGCAAAUCUUUCAAAACUUGCAGAGAUUAACCUUUCAAAUAAUAAAGAUUUAGAAAUUGAAACCGAGUCCCCAACUUGGGUUCCAUCUUUCCAACUAGAUUCUUUGGGCUUGGAAAAUUCAAGCGUUUUCAACAUGACAGAUCUACGACUCUUAAGGCUUGAUGGCAAUCGCUUCACAACACUCUUCCCAAUUAUUCCAUCAACCCUUCCUUCACUCGAGCUUCUAGACAUAAGUAGGAAUUCCAUUUCCAGCUACAUCCAAGAUUGGUUGCCUGCUUUUCCACAAAUGGUCGCACUCCUCAUGAGAGGAAAUGAUUUUGUUGGUUGCCUUCCAACAUCAUUGUGUCAGAUGCAACAAUUACGGUUUUUGGAUCUUUCAAAUAAUCGUCUGUCUGGAAGCAUACCUUCUUGCCUCAAUAACAUCACCUCAUUGCUGGAAAAAUCAGAAUUACCACUCAGAACAACAAUAUCGGGUUCCAACUACAUGGAAGUAAAAGUCAAAGUAAAUUUUGCCACAAAGAGAAACUUGUACUCAUAUGAGGGUCUUCCUCUUGCCCAGAUGGCUGGGAUCGAUUUAUCUCUAAACCAAUUUUCCGGUGAUGUUCCAUCUCAAAUGGGAGAGUUAAGAGCCCUUCGUUCAUUAAACCUUUCUCACAAUUCUCUAAUGGGCUAUUUUCCGAUAUCCUUUCAAGCGUUGGAAUUGUUGGAGAGUUUGGAUCUCUCUCACAACAAGUUGGUGGGAAUGAUUCCUCCUCAAAUGAUUCGACUCUCUUUUCUUUCCACUUUCAAUGUGGCCUUCAAUCAACUCUCAGGCAAGAUCCCAUAUGAGAACAAUUUUGCUACUUUCACCAAGGAUAGCUACAUUGGUAAUCCGGGACUUUGUGGACCUCCAACUGAAGUCAAUUGUUCAUCACCUCAACCACCCCAUGAUGAAUACAAGGAAGGAGAUGUUGAUGAACAAAGUCUCAUUGACAAUGACUUAUUUUUCUAUUCAUAUGUGGCUAUUUCUUACAUCCUGGGAUUCUGGAUUGUUGUUGCUCCUCUUCUUCUCAGCAGAAAUUGGCGUAGGAAGUACUACAAAGUUGUGGAUGGAUGCAUUGAGUGGUGUAGUGAUAGGCUCUUCUGGUUCUUGUUUUAUAUCAAAAACUAUUGGUAG